AUGGGGAGGAACCGAGUGCUCCAGAUCACACAUCUGAAAGGAAUUCAGAGACCAGCGAAUUCCAAGAAGAGCCAAGAGCUCAUGGAGCUGAACAAUGUGACCACCUCUGAAGCUGAAGGCUACGGAAACGCUGGCUUCCAGAAUGAAGAAGACAUUCAUGAAAACCAGAACACAUCAGGAAACGACCCUUUAAGAAACAGAGUUGUGCAAAACAGAGAACAUGUCAACGCCAAACAGGGCGAAGAGCAGGUCACUAUGGAGCAGGAUUCUCUAAGAAAUGAAGAAGAUGAGGAGGACGAUCAAGAGAUGCAUCCAAAAGGAUAUCUGGCAAGGAAGUAUGCUACAGUGUGUGCUUUUUGUAAGAAACACAAAAGAACCAUUCGGCACAUCACCUGGGGCAUCUUAUUAGCAGCUUACCUGGCUAUGGUGAUUGCAGCCUGCGUGCUGAAUUUUCACAGAGCCCUUCCUCUUUUCGUGAUCACCCUGGCUGUCAUCUUCUUUGUGAUCUGGGAUCACUUUAUGGCCAAAUAUGAACCUCGAAUUGAUGCGUUCCUGUCUCCUGGCAGAAGACUCCUGGACAGCCAUUGGUUCUGGCUGAAGUGGGUCAUUUGGAGUUCACUGAUCCUGGGGGUUAUCCUCUGGCUGUUCCUUGACACCGCCAAACUGGGCCAACAGCAGCUGGUGUCCUUCGGUGGGCUCAUCAUGUACAUUGUCCUGCUAUUUCUGUUUUCAAAAUACCCAACCAAAGUUUACUGGAGGCCUGUCUUUUGGGGACUUGGGUUACAGUUUCUUCUUGGGCUCCUAAUACUAAGAACUGAGCCAGGGUUUAUGGCCUUUAAUUGGUUGGGCAAACAAGUUCAGACAUUCUUGGCAUACACUGAUGCUGGUGCUUCAUUUGUCUUUGGUGAGAAAUACACAGACCACUUCUUUGCAUUUAAGAUCCUGCCCAUCGUGGUUUUCUUCAGCACAGUCAUGUCCAUGCUCUACUACCUCGGACUGAUGCAGUGGAUCAUUAGAAAGGUUGGAUGGACAAUGCUAGUUACUAUGGGAUCCUCUCCUAUUGAAUCUGUAGUUGCUGCUGGCAACAUAUUCGUCGGACAGUCGGAGUCUCCGCUGCUGGUCCGGCCAUACUUACCAUACAUCACCAAGUCCGAACUCCACGCAAUUAUGACGGCUGGGUUCGCUACCAUUGCCGGAAGUGUCUUAGGCGCAUACAUUUCUUUUGGGGUUUCACCCACCCACUUGUUAACGGCUUCGGUUAUGUCUGCACCUGCAUCACUGGCUGUUGCCAAACUCUUUUGGCCUGAGACAGAAACACCAAAAGUAACCCUCAAGAAUGCCAUGAAAAUGGAAAAUGGUGAUUCAAGGAAUCUCCUAGAAGCCGCAACGCAGGGAGCCUCCUCAUCCAUCUCCCUGGUGGCAAACAUCGCUGUGAAUCUGAUUGCCUUCAUAGCCCUGUUGUCUUUUGUGAACUCAGCCCUGUCCUGGUUUGGAAACAUGCUGGACUAUCCACAACUAAGUUUCGAGCUAAUAUGCUCCUACAUCUUCAUGCCUCUCUCCUUCAUGAUGGGAGUGGACUGGCAGGACAGCUUUAUUGUUGCCAAACUCUUAGGUUAUAAAACAUUCUUCAAUGAAUUUGUGGCUUAUGAGCAUCUCGCAAAAUUGAUCAACUUAAGGAAAGAGGCUGGACCCAAAUUUGUGAAUGGUGUGCAGCAAUAUAUGUCGAUUCGUUCAGAGACAAUUGCCACUUAUGCUCUCUGUGGCUUUGCCAAUAUCAGUUCCCUAGGAAUAGUGGUCAGCGCUCUCACAACCAUGGCUCCUUCCAGAAAGCAUGACAUCGCCUCAGGGGCAAUGAGAGCUCUGAUUUCAGGGACAAUAGCCUGCUUCAUGACAGCCUGCAUCGCAGGCAUUCUCUCUGGGACUCCUGUGGAUGUCAACUGCCAUCACAUUUUAGAGAAGGUCUUCAACAACUCCAGUUUACCUAGAAACACAACUGAUGUCGUAUCUUGUUGCCAGAGUCUACUGAACAGCACUGUUGCCAAUGGUCCUGGCAAGGUCACCCCGGGAGGAAACCACAGCCUGUAUUCUCUGAAGAACUGCUGCCAAUUGUUGAGUCCAUCAACACUAAACUGCAGUUGGAUCCCUAAUGUAUUUUGA